AUGGGCAAGUGUGCAAACCAAAAGCUGGCAUUGAUGAAGCUGUUGCUUGUUUUUAUAUCGGUGGCUGUCCCUCACCAUGUUAAUGCAGCCAUAACAUGUGAACAGGUCACAUACUUCCUUAUUCCAUGCAUUAGCUAUGGGGUCUUCGGAGGGACAGUGGACCCAAAUUGCUGUACAGGUAUUAAAACUUUGGAUGCUGCUGCCAAAACCAUGGAAGAUCGCAGGAAAAAAUGCAACUGUGUUAAGGAAGGUGCUGCAAGAAUCCCAGGACUCAACUACGACCGUGUUAAUGAGAUUCCUGGAAAAUGUGGAAUUACUUGUCCUUACAAAGUCACCCCUGACGUGGAUUGCUCAAAGUAUAUAUGUUUCCUUCUCUUCUUAAUGAUCCGCUAUUGAAUUGUACUAAAUUUAUACUUGCGAACUAAAUGAAUGGUUGUUCGCUGCUGCAGGGUGAACUGAUCAACUGAGCCUGCAACUGCAAGGGUGUUCUGGUUUCAUCAUGAUGAAGUAAUUGAAGUUUCUUGUAUCUAUAUACAGUGUGAAAAUCGAUCAAAUAAGCCCAUGUUUUGGUUUUAUAUAUAGUUCAAUCUAAUAGUGAUGAACUUGUUUCAAUAAAGUAAUAAAAUAAAAGAAUAGUUGUUGUGUAUUUUGUCUUAUGCCUGCUAUUACUAGCUUAUAUAGUUGUGAUGAAUAUUUGUGCUCCGUUGCUGUCCAUGGAAACAAAAGACGCUUCCCCUCACUCCUUAUAAGCAUAUAUACCAUCAUUACUCCCUGGGAUAUAACAAGGCCGAAUAGUUGAAAUCUUAAAAACAGAGAUUCACAUACAAAUACAAGUGUAUGUGUGUUUAUAUAUAUAAGUUGAACUUCUUCAACAAGAUAACUAAUACAGAAGACAGUUGCAAUCCACUUUAAUCUACAAUCAUUUUACCAGGAUCUUUUUUAUUUAAAAAAACCAAAGUAUUGUUUUAUACAGGAUUUGAGAGGUGUGCAUGGACACCCCUUAAUUUACAUGGGCUCAACGUUUUUAUUAAGAAGAAAGCCGCAGUCUGGGAUUAGAGAAGAAAUUUAAGGAUGCAAUGGCCUCUGGACCCGGCUAUUCUCUUCUCACAUGCCUUUGAUUACGGCACGUCCAAUUCCCAUGGGUAAGAUAAGGUAUAUUUUAUGAUGCUUCAGAUGAGUCAUCUUAUUUGUAGAGGUUGCGUACGUGACUGUAUAUCACCUACUUCUAAGUGCUAAGUACUGCCAAGCGAUUCUGGCAUUUCCAUUUCCAUUUCCACUUCACAAUCGAGCUCCAAAAUCAACUUACGCAAGCCCUUCCCCUUCUUAAUUCUCCACAAGAAAGAAGGUUGAUUAAUAAUCAUUUUGGACUCUCUCACUGACUGUCAUCUUACCCGUAGAAUAUUCUUCACAUCUAAUUUUGUUUUUGAAUUUUCUUUACUUACUGCAGAGCACCAACAAUCACUCUAACUGAAAAAUCUUCUGGACUUUAGCUAUAAUUUUCUGCCACCCAUUUGACCAAGGAUGCCAUAGCUAGAAAAAAAUAUACACAUACUCUGUUGCAAGUAUCAAAGUUACGCCACAUGCACA